AUGAAGUAUAUACUGUAAUAUCCUGUAGGCGUUUUUUUUUUUUUAACAAUUUGGAAGCUAAUUGUGGCUGCUUUUAUGAAAGAAGGCAAAAAUGAUAUGUUACAUUUUGUUUAAACCAUCGUAGAAUUUUAAAAAUUAUCGUAGAAUAACGAAACAAAUCGCAUUAAAAAGCUGAAAUCUUCAGCUUUUCAACAAAUGAGAUGAACCUCUUUUAGACGAACUGUUAUGACAUUGCGAAAUAAACGUGAAUAUUACGUUAGUCAUAUGUUGUCAAAUUUGGAGGCGGAAUUAAAUCUGCGAAAGAAAACUCGGCAUAUUGAACUUCAACAAUUUCAAAAUACCAUUGUGUGUAACUUGAAUAUUGGUGCGAAUUGUGAGAUAUCCACCGCCGAGCGUAACGAUGAGGUGACCGGGUAAGUCAGUAUAAUAAAGUUCAGUAAUUUACAUGAAAAUAUAUCAUUUCUUUGCGUUUUUAAAAUUAUAAAUAACUAAUUUUCGUUUGCAGGUACUUCUAUAUGAAAUAAUAUGAGCACAACUCUGAUGACCAAUGAUAAAGAAGAGGUCGUGUAUGUUGGCGAUGGCUCCGCUUAUGUGCCAGUUCCGUCGUUAAAGAGCCGACCCGUGAAUCCGAAUCUUCAAGCUCUUCAAACUCUUCAAGGCCUGCAAGGGCUUUCUGCAGGGGGAGGUACCGGCGUAGUCGGUGACGAAGAUUGGAGGAGACACCCAGAGACUUGGGACCGCGAACACCGAAGAUACAGACCCAAUACGACGCGAGUGCAACAUAUCGAGGCGGAAUGUCAAGACGACUACAUGAAAAUCAGGAUUGGAUUCAACGGAUCUUUUGCCGGCCUCUUAUAUUCAGCAGGCUACUCGUACGAUCCCGAUUGCAUGUACGUUAACGGGACGGGCCGCGACUACUAUGAGUUCUACAUUCAGCUGAAUCGAUGCGGCACCCUCGGCGAGAACACUCAUCAUCAGGACAGCAGGAAGAAUCCGACGAAAAAUCUCAUGUGGAACACGGUCACCGUGCAGUACAAUCCAUUGAUAGAGGAGGAAUUCGACGAGCACUUUAAGGUGACUUGCGAGUACGGUUACGACUUUUGGAAGACGGUGACAUUUCCCUUUCUUGAUGUCGAGGUCGCCACGGGAAAUCCCGUAGUCUUCACCCUGCAGCCUCCGGAGUGCUACAUGGAAAUCAGAUACGGUUACGGGACCACUGGAACUAGAGUGGCUGGACCAGUUCGCGUUGGCGAUCCCCUGACUCUCAUUAUCUACAUGCGCAGUAAAUACGACGGUUUUGAUAUCGUUGUGAACGAUUGCUACGCGCAUAAUGGCGGGAACAAAAGAAUUCAACUGAUCGAUCAAUACGGAUGUCCGGUCGAUGAUAAACUGAUCAGCCGGUUUCGAGGCUCCUGGUCGGAGAGUGGCUUGUUCGAGACGCAAGUCUUCGCUUACAUGAAGACCUUCAGGUUCACCGGAUCGCCGGCCCUGUAUAUCGAAUGCGAUGUUCGCAUGUGCCACGGAAGAUGCCCGAGUCAACCUUGCCACUGGAGAAACGCGAAGAACGUAGUAAAACGAUCAGCGUCGGAAAUGAUCGGUGGACCAUCGACACCGGCAACCAGUUUGUCGGAGAACGUGAAUCUCUUCCAGUCUCUUCGCGUCCUUCAGGAAGGCGAGGCGGACACGGAACUGUUCCAGAAUUCCACGAGCGCUUUUCGCAGUGGACUUAGCGAAUCUACAACUGACAAAGUGUGCUUGAGAUCUUCUGUGGCCAGUACAAUAGUGGCAGUCGGCUGCGGAUUCUUUUGUAUCAUGGCCGGCACGAUACUGGUCAUGUGCUCGCGAAUGCGACGACACGCACGAGAAAAAUUAUUGUCGGACAGCAUAAGUUAUAUGACGCAUAAGGGCCGAAUCAAUUAAAAACAGCGCUAGCGCGCGGAGAAGCCUGUUUCUUCUCUUCUUCAUCUCGAUCGGCGAUAUCCUCGCAUCUCGCAUCUCUCGGAGUUGCCAAGAAGAAAUGCUCUGCCGAUAAGAUAGAAACGCGUAAUGUGUCGUUAAGAGGAUGCCGGAUACCGACAGAAUGCGAAUAUUAGUAGGAUUGCAAAAUAUUUUU